GCCUGGUUCGGCGGCUUCAGCGGCAUGCUAUGGGCCGCCUCGCAGGCCGCACCCCUGCGGCGCGUGGUGGUCGCCCGGGACCUGCUGCUGUUCCAGUACCGGCUGCCCGACUCGAUCGCCGGCCUGUCCAGCGGUGGGUUCAUGGCGAACUCGGAGGUGCGAGGCGACGUCCGCGGGGGCUCGGAGCUCGGG